AGAAGGUAAAAAUUGGCUCGUACUGAAAGUCAAGCUUACGCAAAACGCAUUGAAAGCUAAAAUAUACUCACGAAAAGGAUUUAUGACAAAAGUGGAAUGUUAAUGCUACUCCAGCGCUCAUUUAUAGAAACCAUUAGCCACAUUCCUCCAUUCGCAGGAGGCGCAGUCAAAUCCUUUUGCAUAAAAACAUAAUAAAGUAAAGUAAAUAGCGUACGACACCGAAAUCGCGCUGAAAUAAAUUGUUAAACAAAACCUAGAGCACACCAGCAAUCCUCUAAGGUGGGAGUGGCGCACCAGCCGCUGAGCCAUAGAACACCUCAGCCACCACCGCAAGCAAACGCUUACGAUGCUAUUAUAUUUUAUGCCGUAGCAUAAUACUGAAAUGUUGGAAUAAAUUAAUUUAGAAUUCCCAUAAAACACACAGGCAACAACAACAACAACUCAGGCCACAACAACAGUAAUCGUGCCAGAAAAUAAUUUGUUUGGAAGUUACAAUUAUAAUAUCAACAAAAUUAUGGAGCAAUAAAAGCUCUAUGCUGUGCAGGCAGACUCCACACACUGGCCUAGAAGUGUUCGCUGGACAACAUUCAAUUCAAAUCAAAAAUCAAAAGUCAUAAUCAAAUCAUAUCAGAAACAGAAACAAACAAUCGUAGCCUAGAUUAAAACGUCAAAAAUCAAACGAUAACCGUAAUAGAAAAUAUAGAAAAUGUCGACUUCUGUACAAAAUUUUAACAAACCCCCGAGUGUCAUUGACUCCACAGCGGUAAUCUCGGCCACCGCCGUCGCUGCCAGCUCCGCCAUACAGCAGCUCUCGUCUAUAUCGCUAAUGCUCGAGUACGACAUUGACAACACGUUGAACACCAUCAAAGAGAAUGGUGUGCAUCUGAUACAACACCAACAAGAGCCGUCGCCCCCACAGCAACCACAUCAACUGCAGAAGAAUGUGAGCGAACCACCGAACCACACAAGCGAAGCUUUAAAUAAAGAUAUCAAACCUGUGCUGCCACCAACACCACCGGCCACGCCCAACUUGGCGAACACAGCGCGCAAACGCUGGAAGAUUCUAGCAAAAGUGUUGCGCAAGGAUUCCGAGGAGACGGUGUCGUCGUCGGGCGAAGAAUUCGGUGAGGAGCAAACCGCGUCGGUGCGUCGUUUCAAGUCAUUUGACUUGUUGCGCCAGGACAGCUUCGAAGAUCACAUGACACUGAACUGCCUGGGUAAGCCGGAGAACUGGUACAAGUACAGCGUGGUAUUGGAUGGUGAGGGUCAGCAGGAGUUCACCGUCAACAUACAUCACGUGGAGCGUCAACUAACCGCCAGUGACCUGAUGGGCUUCAACAACACCGGCAACAUUUGUGUGUGGCCCUCCGAGGAGGCAUUAACCGCUUACGUGCUAUCGGAUGUCGGCGCGUACAGUGAUAAAUGGAUAUUGGAAUUGGGUGGCGGAUUCACAUGCUUAGCGGGGCUCAUGCUCUCCAAGUACGCUAAGCCGUAUGCGGUGCAUCUCACCGAUGGCAAUGAUGUGUCGGUGGAGAAUGUGAAGAAGACGGUGUGCUUGAACGAGCUCGCCUGCUACACAAAGUGCUCGGUGCUCAAGUGGGAGGAUGUGGGAGCGCGUGCUACGGCUGAGGCUGGGAAGUUCGAUGUCAUACUCUCCGCCGAUUGCCUGUUCUUCGAUGAGGCGCGCUCAUCGCUAGUGGAGACGAUUUGGUAUUAUAUGGCGCCGCGUGGAGAGGCGAUAAUAAUGGCGCCAAGGCGUGGCAAGACCAUGACAAUGUUUGUUGGCGAAUGUACGCGCAGAGGCUUCGCCGUUGAGAUAACACAGCGCUAUAAUGAGACCAUAUGGAAGCGCCAUGAGGAAUUGAUGAGAACGUCCGGUUUGUAUGACGAGGACUUGCACUACCCGGUGCUGUUGCGUCUGCGUAAGCCUUUCAUGGGAUAGAAAACACUAAAGAGAAAGCUCUGCGAAAUAUACUCGUACAAGUCUUAGGUUUGAUCAUCACCAAUACACGUGCAAUUGUAUACAGAACCAAAAACAAUAACAAAAAGAAAAACAAAAAAUAGUUUAUAGUCAAUAUUGUAAGGAACCGAUUUUGUAUUAUUCCAAUAAUUCCAAGCGCUAAUGACGAAAUUAUAAAUUAUAAAUUAUAUAUUAAAGACAAUUUGUAUUACGAAAAUAGUAUGUAAAUUUCUGUCGCGUUUUAAUGCGCGCAAACAAAAUGGUAAAGGCUUUAAAAUAUAUAGAACACAGGUUUUUGUAGCUUUCCCAUCAACGAGUACACCAUAGACAGAACAGCGGUGCAUUGUUGGCUCGCAACCAAUUCGAGGUGAUGCGUUCGACUGGCGUUCGUUUGGAAGCGGAAGUGCAUGAACAGUGUUGCCAUAUUAUUAAUUAAACUCAUAUCUCACCGACUUUUUCCAACUAAAAUAAGCUUUUUCCUUUAAAGAAAGAAUUCUUAGGUCAUAUUAUUAUACUAUAUUGUUAUAAUAAAUAUUUUAAUAUUAUUUAUUGCUUACAAUGUUUUACGCAUAAAUUGUUAAAUAUUUUAUUUUAUUUUAAGGCGUUUAAUUAACCAUUAAACGAUAACGUGACGUGUCCUUACAAAAUUUUACCUUAAGUCCUAGUAUAAAUGAAAAGUAUUAUUUUGGAGUUACCAUUUAUGUAGAAAGAAGUACUCACGUUAGUAAAUCCAUUAUUUAUAAACUAAUUGUAGCUGUAGUUGUUAAUUUUAAACGUCAAAUUUAUUAUAGAAAGGUUAAGGCAGUAAUCUGCUUUAGAAACCAAAAAAAGUGUUUUUUUCGCAAUUUUUUUUUAAAGGGAAGUAAAUGAUUGUGGUAAACGGAUUUUUAAGACGAUAGUGUACUAUAUUUAAGGCUUAAAACGCAAUAUUUAUUAUUAAAAAAUAUUGAAAUUUUUUCAAAGUUGUAAGUAUUUUUCUGGAGCGCCUGGAGUCUGUACUUCUAAAUCGGUGCCGGUGAUGGAGGUCGUGCGAUGCAUCUGAAACAGUCGAACCAAAUCUUUUUUUUAAUUUUUAUAAGUUUCUUUACUUUAUGAACUAAAAAAAUACCGAAGAAGUUAUAAAAUUCCAAAUUUUUUCGAAGUUUGAAAAAAUUCACUUUUUUUAAGAAAAAAAAAAUUGAUUUUAAGUUGCAAAAGAAGUAGUUUAAACAAUACUUUUGUCCAACCUUUUUAGUUCACAUAGAAGAUAAUUUAAUACUGAAGCUAGAUCACUUUGGUUUUUUUCGAUCGGACAUAUAUUCUUUUUGCUAUCGCCGGCACCGUUUUCUAACACUUGUGAAAAUGAAAACUCGAGAAAACGCGCUUUAAAGUCUGCCUGAGCAUUCUGUUCAGCACCUGCUCGACGCUCGGCCACUAAAACUGCUCUAGCUUCGAAAAUAUGUCGAAUUGGCCUCUGGAAUUUUAAAGACAUAUUCUUGGAUAGUUUUGGAAGAGAUUUAAAACAAAACAAAAAAAUCGAUUUUUUGUAGCCUGUAAAGCAGACUACUGUCUUAAUGAAUACUCAAUGUGGUUAUAUUUUGUUUGAGAAUUUGUGUAAGCACGUUUCAAACAUAUUCUCGAAAAUAAAUAAAUUUAUUUGUCGAAUAAAACUGUAGCACAAUAUUUGUGUGGUUAAGUGUGUAGUUUGCCCUCAAUUUUCAAGUAAAGAAAAGUAAUUUAGUUUCAAACCACGUCAAACGCCAUAAUAUCUUUAUUUAUAUGUGUAGAUUAUUCCAUAAGUGAAUUCAUGCGAAAUGUAAACAUAUUUAAAGUGAAACAGUAUCCUCGAAAACCCAGCCCAAAAACAUGAAA